UUAAAUGAUCUAAAAUCCUACUUGUAAAACCUCACUUCGUUGAAUAAUAGCAGGGAAAAUGCAGACAGUUAAAAACGGUACCACCUUGGUUUUUAUAUUACUGUUUGUAAGUUUUUAUUCUUUUUCGCAUGCCCUAAACUGCAUAAAAUGUACCAAUGCAGAGUCGAUUUCGGAUUGCCGAACUGAGCGAGAGGCUGUGUGUCAGCAACCGUACGAGCAAUGUUACACAGAAGUGAUAAUAACAGGUCUCCUGACUAGACGUUAUAAUGCAGGAUGUCGUUCAAAUCGGAUAUGCAACCUUAUUGCGAAGAUAAUGGGGAAAAGACACUCCUUGGUACAACGUGAUUCUAUAAGCUGUUCGGCAUGCUGUUCACAAAAUAAUGGAGGAGGUAUACCAUGCAAUGCAGAUCUUUGUGGAUUAAGUUCAACGGAAAGCUGAUCAAAUACCAAUUGCAAUGAACAACUAUUCAAGUUUUAAGCAUUAUAGAUGUACAUGUAAUAUAUGUAUCGCUUGUUUAUUGUGCUGUUGAAUUGUGGUCGCAUUAACGUAUACCUCCAGUCUCUUUUUUCCUGUAUGCAAAAUAAAAAUGUUACGUGCAAUUCUA